ACUAUUUCGACUAUUAACUAUUAACUGUUAAUACUUUAUUUUAUUAAUAUAAAUUUUUUUUUAAAAAAAAUGUCGCACCAUCCUUCUUAUACAAUGGCAGUUAUAUGUGGCAUUGGAGGUAUCGCCGCUUAUUCUAAAGCACGUUCAAUGCCCUCGCUAAUUGCAGGAGUAGGAGUUGGAACUUUAUAUGGAAUUGCUGGAUAUAUCAUCAAAAAAAAUAAAGAUUAUGGGCAUGAAACAGCUCUAGCUGCAUCCACUAUAUUAGCAUUUAGCAUGGUUCCUCGUGCUAUAAAGACCCAAAAACCUAUUACUCUUUCAUUAAGUGUAUUAUCAGUUGGAGUUGGAGCUUAUUAUGCAAAAAAGAUUUAUGAAUAUAGAGUUGGUGUAUAAUGAAUUUUAAUAAUAAUUAGUCAAAAUGUCAAGCUUAAUGAAUGUUCAUAAAAUGUAUUAUAAUUCUAUUUUAAUAAAUAAUAAUUUGAAUAUUCGAAUAAUUAUCUAUCGUAGAUCUUUAACUUCUAAAACUUUUUUGGCUUC